UCUGGGAAUUCCCUUUGAGUCGAGUGGAGGCUUAAGCAGACUCAUUUUUUCUCAAGGAGUGUGGAAACCAAGAGGCGGCCGAACUGCAAAAAUGGAACUCAAUUUCGCGGCCGAUUCUCCGCCGCUCCAUGCCAUCGCCGCCGCGAAAAUUGCCGGCGUUUCCCUCGUCACCAACCCAACUCUGGCUGCCGGCUCUCCCCCGACUCUCGUCUUAGCGAGCGGGCAGAGACUGCAUGGAGCACUUGUGGUUCUGAGAUAUAUUGGCAGGAUAGGAAGCCUGCCUGAUUUCUAUGGGGGAGACGCCUACCAGUCAAGCCAGAUUGAUGAAUGGCUUGAAUAUGCUCCUAUCUUUGGUUCUGGAUCCGAAUUUGAGGGAGCAUGCGGCUUUGUGGAUGAAUAUUUACUGCAAAAUACUUUUCUAGUUGGCAACAGUCUGUCAAUUGCAGAUGUUGCUGUCUGGGUUGGUCUUGCAGGAGCUGGUCUACGAUGGGAAAGUUUAAGGAAGUCUAAAAAGUACCAAAACCUGGUCCGUUGGUUCAACUCAAUUUCUGCUGAAUAUGAUGCUGUGUUGAGUGAGUUUGCUGCAACAUAUCUUGGGAGACGAGGCUCCUCAAAGGCAGCUACUUCUAAGUUGAAAGAGCCUCAAUCUUCUAGUUCUCGGUCAACCGCAGUGGAGAAUGGUGCGACUGAAACAGCUGGAAGCAGGGCCUUUGAGGUAGACCUCCCUCAUGCCGAUGUUGGAAAAGUGAAGUUACGGUUUGCACCAGAGCCCAGUGGUUAUCUUCAUAUUGGGCAUUCAAAAGCUGCAUUGUUAAACCAGUACUUUGCUGACCGAUACAAAGGCCAGGUGAUUGUACGAUUUGAUGACACAAACCCGGACAAGGAAAGUAACGAGUUUGUGGAUAAUCUUCUGAAAGAUAUUGAAACUCUGGGGAUUAAAUACAGUGCUGUAACAUACACAUCAGACUACUUUCCUCAGCUCAUGGAAAUGGCUGAGAAACUCAUAAAAGAGGGCAAGGCCUAUGUUGAUGAUACUCCACGCGAGAAAAUGCAGCAUGAAAGGAUGGAGGGGAUAGAGUCGAGGUGCAGGAAUAACAGUGUAGAGGAGAACUUAAAAUUGUGGAAGGAAAUGAUUGCUGGUUCUCAGAGGGGUUUGAUGUGUUGUCUUCGAGGGAAGUUGGACAUGCAGGAUCCGAACAAGUCCCUUAGGGAUCCGGUAUAUUAUCGUUGCAAUUUGACUCCUCAUCACAGGAUUGGAGCUAAGUAUAAAGUAUACCCAACAUAUGACUUCUGUUGCCCAUUUGUUGAUGCUGUGGAAGGUAUCACACAUGCCCUUAGAUCGAGUGAGUACCAUGAUCGUAAUGACCAAUAUUAUAGAAUUCAGAAAGAUAUGGGGCUCAGAAAGGUCCAUAUAUACGAAUUUAGUCGGCUGAAUAUGGUUUAUACACUUCUUAGCAAGCGCAAGCUGCUAUGGUUUGUUCAAAAUGGAAAGGUUGAAGGUUGGGAUGAUCCACGCUUUCCCACUGUCCAAGGAAUAGUGCGCAGGGGUCUGAAGAUUGAAGCAUUGAUACAGUUCAUCUUGGAACAAGGUGCAUCAAAGAACCUCAAUCUUAUGGAAUGGGACAAACUCUGGGCCAUCAACAAGAAAAUCAUUGAUCCCGUGUGCCCCAGACAUACAGCUGUCAUUGAAGAAAGACGUGCUUUGCUUAUUCUAACUGAUGGCCCAAAAGAUCCUUUUGUGCGCAUUUUAGCAAAACACAAGAAAUAUGAAGGAGCUGGAGAGAAAGCUGUAACUUAUUCAAAUAGAUUAUGGAUAGAUUAUGCUGAUGCUGAAUCAAUCUCAGUCAAUGAGGAAGUAACUUUAAAGGAUUGGGGCAAUGCUAUUGUCAAAGAGAUCAAGAAAGACGAAAAUGGGGUUGUUACUCAGCUAGAGGGAGUUUUGCAUCUUGAAGGCAAUGUCAAGAAGACAAAAUUGAAGCUGACUUGGCUGGCAGAUAGCAGCGAGCUUGUCAGACUGACUCUGGUCGACUUUGAUUAUCUUAUCACAAAGAAGAAGCUUGAGGAAGAUGAAGAUUUCAUUGAUGUGGUGAAUCCCUGUACGAGAACGGAAACUUCAGCACUUGGGGAAUCUGACAUGCGGAACUUAAAGCGUGGGGACGUCAUCCAGCUAGAGAGAAAAGGUUAUUACAGAUGCGAUGCUCCUUUUAUCCGAUCCACAAAACCCAUCGUCUUGUUUGCAAUUCCAGAUGGCAAGCAGCAAACUGUAGCCAAGUAAGAAUACAGCUGCUGAAAACAAGCUGUUGUCUCCAUGCCGAAUUAAUCGAGUUUUAUGCAUUUAACACUCAACUUAAUUUCUGUUGUUUUAUCAGUUAUAUAUGCCUUUGAAUAGCUCCCGUAGCUUCAUUUUACAGGUUGCCUUCUGAAUGUGUGCAAAAAGAGAGCAUUUCUGCUGUUAUGCAUUUAAGUACAAAUAUAAUGUAGGGCGUCUUCGUUCC